AUUGUGAAGAAAGUUGUCCUGUUCCACCACCACAACCCCCUGCACCACAGCCUUUCAGAGUUGCUGGUUUUGAAGGUUACGCUUUUGUAAUGGUGGUAGUUUUUAUAGUCGGAUCUGGAAUAUUCCUUUUGGGUAUUUACGCUUGUAAGGAAGGAAAUGAACUGGGAAGCAAUAGAUUCAACUAUGAGCGAGAACAAUUCCAAGCAGACAUAGAUAAUAGAACAGAGGAUCGCCAAGUGGGUAUGAUCAAUGGACAGAGAUCUGACGAGUUGAGGGCUACACGUAAUUUGGGUGUUGCUGACCACCAUUCUUCCCAAGUGGCAUUAGGAGAGGGUGAAGAAAGCCCUCUCCAGUCUUCAAAACGAUCUAGUGUCACAUCAGAUGCUCACGAAAUGGAAACACGUUCUGUCAAUAGGACAACUGAUUAUGAUAAUCCAUCAUCAUUUAUUGAAAAACUGGGAGCAAAUACUGAAUCAUUACUUCAGAAAUCGUUUGAGAAAUGGGGAACCUUCUGUGCAGAGAAGCCAUGGCUGAUUUUAUUUUUAGGGGCCUGUUUUGUUAUAGGACUUGGUCAUGGAAUAAAAUAUGUUAAGGUGACCACAGAUCCUGUUGAAUUAUGGGCAUCUCCAGUAUCUCGAAGCCGCAUUGAAAAAGAAUUUUUUGACAGCCAUUUUGAGCCAUUUUAUCGCACAGAACAGCUUAUCAUUAAAGCUGUAGGACUUUCUAAUAUAUAUCACAACACUUCUGAUGGAAUCUUGACGUUUGGUCCUGUCUUCAAUGAUACUUUCCUCAAAGCUGUUCUGGAUUUACAGCAGAAAAUUGAAUCAAUUGGCGAGGGAACAUCUUACAGUUUUGACAAAAUUUGUUUUGCUCCUUUGAGGGCACAAGGAGAUACUGAAACUUCCGUGGAUGAGUGUACAGUGCAAAGUAUUUGGGGAUACUAUCAAAACGACAUUGAUACUUUUGAAGAAACUGGAGAAGAUCCACUUCAUUAUGAAACAAACUAUUUGGAUCGAUUUGUCAAAUGUGCUGCUAAUCCGUUUGAUCCCGUUGACUGUUUGGCACCAUAUGGGGGUCCGGUAGAUCCAGCCAUUGCACUGGGUGGAUUCCUUGAUCCAGGACAAAGUCUUGCUGAUAGCCCAAAUUACAAGAAUGCUUCAGUUGUCAUAUUAAGUUUCAUUGUCAACAACUACCACAAUAAAUCUCUGCUUUCACCAGCUUUAGAAUGGGAAAAGGAAUUUAUAGCCUUCAUGAAGAAUUGGACCAAUACUGAAAAACCUGAUUUCAUGGACAUUGCUUUCUUUUCAGAACGAUCUUUAGAAGAUGAACUAGAUCGUCAAGGUCAAUCCGAUAUUAUAACCAUUCUGAUAUCUUACAUGAUAAUGUUUGCUUACAUAGCGAUUGCGUUGGGACAAGUCAACAGCUGGUCUAGGUUGUUGAUAGAUAGCAAAAUAACUUUAGGUUUAGGAGGUAUCCUCAUUGUACUGUCUUCAGUUAUUUCAUCUGUUGGAAUAUUUUCUUUCAUUGGUAAACCAGCUACCUUGAUUAUAGUUGAGGUUAUUCCUUUCCUAGUUCUGGCUGUAGGAGUUGAUAAUAUAUUUAUCCUAGUCCAAACCCAUCAAAGAGAUAGCAGAAAACAAAAUGAAACUCAUUCACAGCACAUAGGGCGAAUUCUUGGACAAGUCGGACCGUCAAUGUUGCUUACCAGCCUCUCUGAAAGUUUUUGUUUCUUUCUUGGAGGUCUCUCCGAUAUGCCGGCUGUCAAAGCGUUUGCUCUAUAUGCCGGUAUGGCUCUAUUAAUUGACUUCAUACUUCAAGUAACUUGCUUUGUGAGUCUUUUGUCAUUGGAUACAAUUCGUCAACAGGGCAACCGAUACGAUGUUUGUUGCUUCAUCCAAGGAACAAAAAAAAGCGAGCCUAUCCCUGCCGGCCAGGAAGGUGGUCUCUAUACUUUCUUUAAAUCUGUGUAUGUUCCAUUCCUAAUGAAAAAAAAAGUGAGAUGUGUUGUAGUAGUGAUAUUUUUCGGAUGGCUGUGUUCUUCUUUUGCGGUGGUACCUCAUGUAGAAGUUGGUCUUGACAAAGAACUAUCUGUGCCAUUGGAUAGUUUCGUUUUGAAAUAUUUCCAAUAUCUGCAGGCUUACUUGAGUAUUGGGCCACCAGUCUAUUUUGUGGUGAAGGGCGGACUAGAUUACAGUCAGCCGGAAUCCCAAAAUUUGAUAUGUGCUGGACAAUUUUGUAAUUCAAAUUCAUUAGUGACCCAAAUAUAUAUUGCAAGUAAAAUACCUAAAACUAGUUACAUCGCAAGACCUAGCGACAGCUGGCUGGAUGACUACUUCGACUGGAGUGCAAGUCCUGAAUGCUGCAAAUAUCGGAAGAAAGAUCAUGGAUUCUGCCCACAUGAUGGAUCUGUUUCACAAUGUGCCUCAUGCAACCUUACCAUGCGUGCAGACAACCACAGACCAAAUUCAGAAGACUUCGAACGAUAUGUUUCUUUCUUCCUACUCGAUAAUCCAGAUGACACAUGCCCUAAAGGAGGUCAUGCAGCCUACAGUCAAGGAGUUACCUUCAACAUCAAUUCCACCACGCACCUUUCCGAGGUAGAAGCAACAUAUUUCAGAGCCUUCCAUGAUGUUCUCAGGACUUCCGCAGAUUUUUAUGAAAGUAUGAGAGCUGCACGGAAAGUAGCAGCAAACAUCACAAGGACAGUUGGAGUUGAAGUUUUUCCCUACUCGAUAUUUUAUGUGUUUUAUGAGCAGUACUUGACCAUGUGGAGGGACACCUUAUUCAGCAUAGUAAUGGGUCUUGCUAGUGUGUUUGUAGUAACAUUUCUUCUGAUGGGAUUGGAUAUAUUCUCAAGUUUUGUGGUGGUCGUUACCAUAACAACGAUCAUAAUAAAUCUCUGCGGCCUUUUGUACUGGUGGAAUAUACCGCUGAAUGCCAUAUCGCUCGUAAAUCUAGUGAUGGCAGUCGGAAUAUCCGUGGAAUUCUGUUCUCAUUUAGUGCACAGUUUCUCAAUGUCCGUUAUGCCUAGUCGAAUAGAGAGGGCAGCAGAUGCUCUGACCAAGAUGGGCAGUUCAAUAUUCUCAGGAAUCACCCUUACGAAAUUUGGAGGAAUCAUUGUUCUGUACUUUGCAAAAUCGCAAAUAUUCCAAAUUUUCUACUUCAGGAUGUACUUGGGAAUUGUGGUGUAUGGAGCAGCUCAUGGACUCAUUUUCUUACCUGUACUGCUCAGUUUUAUAGGGUCGCCCAUGAAUAAAGAGAAAUUGGCCAAACACAGGAAGUUAAAUGGCGAUUACCAGGAAACCAAUUUUGGCAGAGCGUGAUGCAGAACAGACGUAGAUUUGUCCACCAACCACAUCUGUAUGGACCAGAAGAAUCAACAGUGGUGUCACCUCUGCUGCCAUCCACAUCGCGUUAUAGCUAUGAUGCUAUAAAUUCAGUGACAUGAACGUCAAUCCAAAAAUUAAAAAGUUCUGGUGUGAUAUUAAUCUGUUUUGUUAUGGGUGUACUGUGUAAACAAUAAUUAAGUAUGUGCCGGUGUUUUGUAUUCAUUGUCCAUACAGAUUUUCACAUGUUUUCAUAUCAAUGCUAUAGUAAAAUUUUUAGAUGAAGUAUUGAACCAAAGUAUUUCUAGUAAAGUGGAGUGUAACUCACUAUUUUAUUAUUUUGAAUUGAAUCGAUAGUAUAGCAGUAUUGUCGCUGGCUAUUUGGUACAAGUGUUCAGUUCAAGUAUUGAAUUUCUGUUGAUUAUACUCGAGGAAUUAACUACUUAUUUUUCAAUUUUUUUUAUCAGAACUGACACAAAUCAUCAAAUAGUCAGUUAAUACAAAGAGCGGGUGUAAAAAAAUCAAUCAGACACUCAUUGUCACUGAACUUUGUAAAUUAAUUUUUGGACUUCAUACCUACAAAUUACGUCUUAAAUCUGGCCGUUGUACUAUCACUACUUAUUUUGCCAUUCUCCCAUUCCUUCAGGUCAUUACUGACGAAUUUGUGAUUUUAAAACAUGCAUAGUUAUGAUGUUGUGAUGGAUCGCCUUCUCAUUUCUGAAAAUGUAGCUUUAAUACUUAUUCUCUGUUAAAUAUUUUUUCAUUUGCUGUUGGCAGUCAGCAGUCAUAUCAUCAAAUAUGAGCCAUAACAAUUUUUUUAUGUCACAAGCUCUUUCGUUUCGAAUACAAUAACACAAGUUAUAUUUCCGAAUGCAUAUAUAUUAUUAAUACCAAUUUUGUUUCAUUAAUGAUAAAUAUAUUUGCUGCCCAAAUCCACAAAAACGACAAAUAGAAACAACUUAAUAAACAAUGAAGAAAGCAUUGUAAGAAAUAUGCAUGAAAAUCUGCAACUUUUUCUUUGAAGAUUUUUGUAACAAUGGUAAAAUAAAAAAAUCUACAGGGGAUCUGAUUGAAAAUUGGCAAUGAUUUUCCCUAUGCUUCUUGAUUUUCAUUCAGAUACCUGAGUAUUGAAAAGAUUGCGCCUUUUCCAAAGUUCACCACGUUUUUAUAUUUGAAUUAGUGAUCGGGAGUGCUGGUAAUGGAUAACGUGAGCUUUAUUUGUUUUAUAUUUAUAAGAUUAUUGUAUCAGCUUUAUUUAUUAUAAAAAUAAAAAUGUACUAUUUU